CUGAACAAGCCCAAGAGUGAGAUGACGCCGGAGGAGCUGCAGAAGCGGGAGGAGGAGGAGUUCAACACGGGGCCACUCUCCGUCCUCACCCAGUCCGUCAAGAACAACACCCAGGUCCUCAUCAACUGCCGCAACAACAAGAAGCUCCUCGGCCGCGUCAAGGCCUUCGACAGGUCCUUCACACUGUCCCCAAACUGUCCCCAAAUUGUCCCCAAAGUGGCCCCAGGGUCCGCUGGUGUCCUGCGGGGUGGGAUUGGCGAGAGCUGGGGUGUGUGCGGGGGGUCCCCAGGCCUGUUCGCU